CGGCCGCCGCCCCGCACGGACGGGCUCGUUCCGCGCUCCGCCGCCGCCGCCGCCAUGGCCGAUCCCGCCGCGCAGUCCUCGCUCGUCUCCUCCAGCUCCUCGUCCACCUCCGUGGCCUCGUCCUCCGCCUCCUCCACGCGGGGCCUGGUCGGCGGUUCCAUGUCGGGCUUCGCCGUGCAGGAGCUGCUGUUCUGGCGGGACGUGAGGAAGAGCGCGGCGGCCUUCGGCGCCAGCCUGGUGCUGCUGCUGUCGCUGGCCACGCUCAGCGCGGUGACGGUGGUGGCGCACGUGGCGCUGGCGCUGCUCUCGGUCACCAUCAGCCUGCGCGUGUACCGGGCCGUGGUGCAGGCGCUGCAGAAAUCCGACGAGGGGCACCCCUUCAGGGCGUACCUGGACGUGGACGUGGCGCUGUCCCCCGAGGCGUUCCAGGCGCACGCGGCCCUGGUGGCCCAGCACGUGACCCGGGCGCUGCAGCUGCUGCUGCGCCUCUUCCUGGUGGAGGACCUGGUGGAUUCCCUGGAGCUCGCCCUGGCCAUGUGGUUGAUGACCUACGUGGGAGCCGUGUUCAACGGCAUCACCCUCCUCAUCCUCGCCGACAUCUUGGCCUUCACCCUCCCGCCCCUGUACGAGAAAUAUGAGGUGCAGAUCAAUCACUACGUGGAACUCGUCCGCCGUCAGACCAAGGACCUCACGGCCAAGAUCCAGGCGAAGCUCCCGGGUCUGGCCAAGAAGAAGCCGGAAUAAACCCCAGGGUGGGGGAGGGGGAGUUUGGGGGUGCCCAGCGGUGCCCCCCCCCACUCCAAGCUUGUGCCCCCCCC